UUUAGCUUCUCUGAGCUGGGUUUCUGCUGCUUAUUUGGACUGAUAGACAGUAUCAGUGUGAAAAAUCACAAGAGACUAUAAGAAAUUAUAAGAAAUUUCAAAGUUCUGGCUUUUGCCAUUCAAGUCCAACUAUCUUCUAGGAGAAGGAGAUGGCUUUGUAUCCCCUGCAAAUUGCAGGACUGGUUCUUGGAUUCCUGGGAGUAGUUGGGACUCUUGCUACAACUCUGCUGCCUCAAUGGAGAGUGUCUGCCUUCAUUGGCAGCAACAUUGUGAUAUUUGAAAGGAUCUGGGAAGGACUUUGGAUGAAUUGUGUCCAACAAGCACAUGUGAGGUGGCAGUGCAAAUAUUAUGGCUCUCUUUUGGCUCUCCCACCUGCCUUAGAAGCAUCCCGGGCACUGAUGUGUGUGGCGAUUGCUUUGUCCUUGAUUGCCCUACUUGUUGGCAUUUUCAGCACGAAGCAAGCCCGGUGUACUGGCUCUAAUGAGCAAGUCAAGUUUUACCUCCUGGGAGCAUCUGGAGUCCUUUUCAUCCUGACAGGCAUCACCAUUUUGAUUCCUGUAUGCUGGACAGCCAAUCUCAUCAUCAAGGACUUCUACAACCCAACUAUUCAUGUAGGACAGAAACGGGAGCUGGGCGCUGCACUCUUUCUUGGCUGGACAACUUCAGCAGUUUCCUUUAUUGGAGGAGUUCUUCUCUGCAGUGUUUGUUUCUGCAAAAGAAGGAGGAGGAGGCACAGACGUUCAUCAACAGAACACCGAGUGCAGUACAAACCUCAACACCAAAAAAUGAUGGCAAGUAAGACCUCUACCAGUUAUGUCUAGCACCUGCUAGCUCAGAAUAUGGACUUAGGUGAAGGUCCUGCUUAUCUCUUUCUUGAAACUGUAUGAAUGGAAAGAGGGAGAGUUUGGUUUGUAACUGGUUAUAAACUGUGGUAGAACCCAUGGAGGAUUGUGUUCUAUCACCAGAGUUAAGAAUGGAAAUGAUUUUAUGCACAGUUAAUUUUAAAUUAUUUGCUUAUUGUUGAACCUGAAUAAUUUUCAUCUCUACUUACACUUCUGCCUAAAACUCCUAGUGGGCAUGCUGAACUAACUUUUUUGUCCUAUAGUGAAAACUCUCAACUUAUGAAAAGAAUUUUUUAAACCCUCUAAGAAAAUGACUCAUAAAAGCAGCAAUUGUGGAAAGAAAUAAAAAGUCAGAAUUCUUACUGGUAAUUUUUGAAUGAGUGAAUGAAUGAAUGAAUGAAUGAAUGAAUAACAUGUGCCAAUCAAUGGAGAUAUAAGUACAACUUGAAGAAGACUGAUUUAAGUGUGCAUUUGUUUGGUUUUAGAGAUGCCAAAAAAAGACACCAUUCAAAUUUAAGACCAUAUGUUUUGAUAACCUGUGAUGUUCUGAGAGCAAAUAGAAGAAUGUAUAUGACCUGAGGAAAGGAAUAAGAAUUUAGGACAUUAACACUAAUUUUCAUCUACAUUAAAAAAUAGGUCCAAGUGAGAGACUUAAUCUUUUAGUGUUGAAAGCACUAGUUAUUCUUUUUGGCUGUGCUAUUUAGUCACUUGUCAAGUGUAGGAAUAUAAAAUAAAGUGGAGACUUGAGGUAACAGUUCAUUGAGGCAAUGAUUAAGGCCAAAGUAAAUAUUUCCCUCCUAAAACAUAAAGAGAAAUAAAGCAAAAAAUAAUUUGGCUUCGUAGGAAUUAUUUGGACCAUUAUUUCAUUUCUUUAUUUUACCAGUAAACAUAUAGAUUAGGGAGGUAGGGGAAAUAUGUUCAUUAAUUUUGAUUUGCUACUUUUCAUCCUUCUCUACGUUAAAACAUAAACAUUUCUAAAUCCAUUUUUGGCUAUUCAAGUUUAGGAAGCACAAAGAAUUCUGGGCAAUCUACAAAGUUUCCGAUGAAAGAACCAAGAAUUUAGUUGAUUAAGUAUUUAUUGAAUAUGUGUUAUGUGAAAGGUACUGUUGCAGAGUUGAAUACAUGAGUGACUUGAACAAGCUCACUCAUUAUGAAGCAAAUUGGUGAAGAUAGUCCUAUGUUAGAAUGUCUUUACAGGGACAGUCAAAAAGUUAGUAACAUCUCAAGAAGACCAGGUCCUGAUGAUCCUUGGCCUUAUCUCCUCAACCCUCAGGAGUACCUAAC